AUCAAAGUUUAUCAAGCCCGCCUCAACCUUGUUAGGUAAAGUCAUCAUUCAAUAACGUCGUCAAGCUAAUCAAAGUGACUACGCUAUUAUAAAUAAAGAACAUUCAAAAACCUAAGGUUACGAUUUCACAUUUGUCUUCUUCGUCUGUUCGGCGGCGGAGCAAGGGAUUUGAGAGAUAUGGAGAGCGGAGGAGCAGUGUUCGCGGGGAUUCAACCAAACCCUAAUUAUCUUCUCUCUCCAUCACACAGCGCAGUUAGGCUUCUUCUUCCUCGGAUUUCCUCCGAUAAGAAACAGUUUUUUCCUUCUUCUCUCAAGGGGAUGGGUAUGUCUAUGCAGAUUCAAAGGCAGACGCUUUUCGGUGGUUCUUUUAGGAACAAUAGUACCACUGUUGGAGUGGCCCCUCCUUCCACACGUGAUUUAUUAUAUGAAUUAGCUGACAUAGACUGGGACGGCCUUGGAUUUGCACUUACGCCUACUGAUUAUAUGCAUAUCAUGAAAUGUUCACAAGGGCAAAGCUUUACUAAAGGUGAAUUACAACGUUUUGGAAACAUUGAGUUGAGCCCAUCUGCUGGGGUAUUAAAUUAUGGGCAGGGAUUAUUUGAAGGUUUGAAAGCCUACCGAAAACAAGAUGGUAAUAUUCUUUUGUUUCGUCCCGAGGAAAAUGCUUUGCGGAUGAAGAUGGGUGCAGAGCGUAUGUGCAUGCCUUCGCCAACAGUUGAACAGUUUGUGGAUGCAAUAAAGACCACUGUUUUAGCUAAUAAGCGAUGGGUUCCCCCUCCUGGUAAAGGUUCCUUGUAUAUAAGGCCAUUGCUUAUGGGCAGUGGAGCAGUUCUUGGUCUUGCACCAUCUCCUGAGUAUACAUUUCUGAUCUAUGUUUCUCCUGUCGGAAACUAUUUCAAGGAAGGUAUUGCACCUAUAAAUUUGAUUAUUGAAAAUGAAGUACAUCGAGCGACUCCUGGUGGUACUGGAGGUGUAAAGACUAUAGGAAACUAUGCUUCGGUGUUGAAGGCACAGACUGCUGCAAAAGCCAAAGGCUAUACUGAUGUUCUGUACCUUGAUUGUGUAAAUAAGAAAUAUCUGGAAGAGGUUUCCUCAUGUAAUGUUUUUGUUGUUAAGGAUAAUGUCAUCUCUACCCCUGCAAUAAAAGGGACCAUCCUACCUGGCAUUACACGAAAGAGUAUUAUCGACGUUGCUCGAAGCCAAGGAUUCCAGGUUGAGGAACGACUCGUAGCAGUGGAUGAAAUACUUGAUGCUGAUGAAGUGUUUUGUACGGGGACAGCUGUUGUCAUAUCACCAGUGGGCAGCAUAACUUAUCUUGGUAAAAGGGUGCCUUAUAAAAACAAUGGAAUUGGUGUUGUGUCACAGCAACUAUAUUCUGCACUUACUGCACUACAGAUGGGGCUCACCGAGGACCAAAUGGAUUGGGUUGUUGAGUUGAAGUAGGCUUUAUGUUGUGUGUUUUGGAUUGGCCUUUCUGACUCUGCAAAUUGAUCCGUACUUGCUUUCUUUCGACGUCAAAGAAUAUUUAGUUUUGCAUCCUUUAUCCAAGUGUAAGCAGUUGGUGGUCUGGUUUAUGUUUGUUUAUGACUGUACAAUCUGUACUUGUUCGCUUCAGGUUGUUAUAAAUUACCGGACAGGUCUUACCUUUUACGGGGAUCUACGCAAUAAAUGAUGUAUAUAUGUAUGACUUGUGAUAUUAUAAAAUAGUGUGAUUGAGUUGUCUGGCUUAAA